AACCUUUCAAAAUUGAACUGCACUUUACCGCGAAACUGGGUCUGCUGCUACUCGCUUGCAAACAUCUCUCAAAUAAUCAGCACCACACUUGUGAAAUUGAGAAGUAUAUUGCAGUGCGAUUGAAAGAACAGGUGUGACGUGCUAGGUUUAGCGUUUAGAUACAUAACAUAACCAACGCAUAGCCUACAUUUCGGAACUUUCUGUGACCUAGAGCUUCUAGCUGAUAAAAUGAAGCCUGACCGAGGAUCUCAACGACCCCCGUCUCAGGCACCGAACAGUAAAAGCAAGGAGCCAGCUGAGAAGCGGCGUCAUCGGAAAGACCCUCUGAGGCCAGGGACCAGCAAUCAAGUAAAGCACACUAAACCACAGAAGAGGAAAGUUUCAGCACCUAAGAAGGUCAAAGGGCAGGAGAAUUGGAAGCCCAUGUCUAUAUCCUCCAUUACAGCUUUGGAAAAUAUGUUGGACUUAUCCAUACUGUCUGUUAUAGCUAGGAUAAGGACUGAGAAAGAGGAAGUACAAAAACAUCUUAACACUCUGAAAAAAAGGUUCCUUGCCAGUUGUGUGGAGCUCCCAGUUCCUGUCCAGAAACGGGGAGAGAUAGUUCAUGCCUCUCGCCAGCACCAGGAAGAGAGCAAGAAGUCCACUCAGGGCAAGAAGACGUUGGCCACACUGGAGGAGGAACUGAGAGCUGUGGUCAACACCCUGGAGCAGAUGGAGGAACAAACAGCCUCCCUGAACCACGAGUGUAAUAAACUGAGACGGCAACUGGAGGAAAACGAGGCGGCCCAGGAGGUCCUGUUGUCUCAAAAAGCAGCCCUGAAUCUCCCCCCUCUUCCCCCACGCAAAGACAGCCAACCAACCCUACAGGAGAAGCUGCUAGACCUGAUCCCCAAGGCCGACAGGGGCACCACUGCCCUGCGGCUGGGGACAGCACUCCAGAACGGCCCUAUCCAGAACACCACGGCUCUGAUGAAGCACGUACACAGACACACUGACCAUCUCCUGCCUCCUCCUUCACACCUGACCAAUAGCAAUGGCUAAUCGGGGGGCUGUGUGACCUUACCCUCUGAUAGUGGGUUUAGUCUGCCAAUUCCAAUUUCAGUUUGGAUUCAGUUGCCAAUCCAGGGCACCAAUAUUUUUGAUAAAUGAUUUUAAUUCAUUCCAAUAGUCCAUGGUAUUACAAAUGUUGAAGGUUAGACAUGUAUUUAGUUCACUUUGAUCAACUGAAUAUCUGGUAAUAUCUUGUCUCAUUCAUCCCAGUCUGUAUGUGGCUUCAAACAUGUUAACUUUCUAUUACUUAAUUUGGAAUAAGUAUUACAACAUAAAUAUUUGUUUAAUAUAUAUUUUAUACAGCUUUUAUUGAUUAAUCCAACACAUUAAUGCAAAUGGAUGGUGCAAAAGAGCAUCCGUGUUUCCAACUAAUGCAGAAAGUCGUUUUGUCCACAAUCAGUGUUCUCCAGCUCGGCAUGUGCCAAUAUCUGAACACAUUGGUUUUGUGUCACAGAAAGAAAUAAAGUGUCUAUUAUGUUGA